UGUAUACCUCCUAUUAUCUCUCCAACGAUAAUCCGCACCGUCAACUCGACGAAACCCGUACCGGGACUUAUAUACAGACAAAAUGGCCGAUGAAAUGGACACAAGCGCUGCCGUGCAUAGACCGGCCCUGAAUAUUGCGAAAGCCCCUUCAUUCUGUACACUCUGUAACGUGCAAUUGAGUGCCCAACAAACGUGGAAAGCCCAUCUUAAAAGUGACGAGCACGUCUAUAAGCUUCAAUUGAAGGUUGCUGAGCCCGGAAGUGCACCACAUCCUUCAAUAGACGCUAGUCAAACAAAAAGCACGAUCUCAUCAGGCGCUGAAAAGAGGAGCGACGAUGAUGCUACUGUUGACCAAGACCAAAAUACUGGCAGCGACACAGAAGACGGGUUGGAAGAUGAUCUGGAAGAACCCCAAGCGCCGGAUUUUAGCCCCGGCACUUGUCUCUUUUGCGCUCAAGAGUCUGACUUAUUGGACGACAAUAUGACACAUAUGGCUACUGCGCAUGGCUUCAGCGUGCCGUUCCAAAAUUUCCUGGCUAUCGACCUCGAUAUGGUGGUGGAAUACUUGCACUUUAUCAUCUACGGCUAUCGAGAAUGUAUAUGCUGCGGCAAGCGGCGGAGCACCGUUGAGGGUGUUCAGCAACACAUGGUAGCCAAGGGGCAUUGCCGAUUCGACAUAUCUGCGGAAACCGAAGAAUUCUACGAAAUGCCACAGUCUGAGAAUGUCGUGGUUGAGCAAGGGCAACACGACAGCAGUAUGCCCAUGCGCCUACCGUCCGGAAAGCUUAUUUCACACCGGAAGAAUCCUGAUGCCCAAGAGCCUCACGCCAAACCCAGGCCCGCUCGCCGAGAAACACCGGAACGGCAUCCAAACCGACAUCUAGACUCUUUCGCAUCCCGCCCAGGAACGCCCCCAAGUCCUAGCCUCGAGGUUGCCCAACGCGGAGGAAGCGGAAGUGGUGAGAUUGUGCGCAGCAGCGAGGCGAUACUUGCUGCGCAGCUGUCCAAGCUGAGAAUAGCAGGUGAUAGGAUACAGCAUAAGGAGGAGAAGCGGAAGCGAUGGAGACUGGAACGGGCACAGAACAUCAUUUCGCUCAAGCGUUUCAAGUUAGACAGCGCCGAUGGUCGAAUGGGUCGUCAAUUUUAGUUACGCGCCUCAAGGCGAGGAAGGUUUCAAUUGAAGCCUUGGGGCAAUAGCCUUAGGUAAUUUACUUGCUUAGACCAGUGUCACAGCUUUGUUGGUAUAUACCCCUAUUGCGCUCUAUUCUUUCCUAAUAAAUUAUUCGGCAAACACAGAGAAACCACCAUAGUUGUCCCAAAGGUCCGAAUUGCACUCCUUGGCAAUACUUUGUUACCUA